AAAGCCAGUAGUAGGAGAGUCAAGUUCUUGUGUCAUCUCAAAAAAAGUUAUAGUCUUGUGAUAAACCGACCACAGCAAAGUGACACAGAGACGCAUCGAAAAAUUGCCAAACCCAGUCGCUAUUGUUGUCCUGCUAUAUCCAGUACAAGUCCACAACAAAUCCAUUGUCCCUUUCACUCUCACAAUAAAGACACAGUUCAUUCACAGAGAUCAACAUUAGCAACCGACACAAUUUCAUGCUUUUUUCUUAUAUUCAUCAAAUCAAACAUGUUUUUUUUCGAUAAUACUAAUAAAGCCCUUAACUCACUAGCUGAGAGAGAGUGAGUGAGGGAAGGAGUGGAAUGCAGAAGCGCAGGUGGAUUCCGUUGAUACUGCUGAGGAAGUUGCUCACUGCAGCCAUUUGCUCAAUAGCGUUUGUGGCUCUUUUCUCUGUUCAUGUUCACAUUGUCCCUUCCUCAAAGGAUCACAAGUUCAAUGACAAGAUCACAACGACUCAGGAUCUGCAACACUGGACGCAAGAGCUCGCUCCGCCUCAUUUAUCCAAAGCUUCAGUUCCUCCUCCCAAGUUGAAUGGUUCAAGAGGGAAUUCGAAAUAUGAGAAGUUGUGGAAACCUCCGUCAAAUCGUGGGUUUCUGCCCUGUACAAAGCCUACACCUAAUUACACCUCUCCUGCUAAUUCACGAGGAUAUCUUUUAGUUCAUACAAAUGGCGGGCUCAACCAAAUGCGUUCUGGGAUAUGUGAUAUGGUAGCUGUAGCUCGUAUCAUAAAUGCCACUCUUGUAAUUCCAGAACUUGAUAAAAGAUCAUUUUGGCAAGAUACUAGCAAUUUCUCUGAUAUUUUCGACGAAGAGCAUUUUAUUAAUUCUCUAGCUAAUGAUGUAAAAAUCGUUAAGAAGCUUCCCAUAGAACUGGUUAAUGCAUCCGGAAUGGUCAUGCAAUUCAUAAGCUGGUCUGGCAAGGAUUACUAUGAGAAUGAGAUUGCCAGGUUAUGGGACGAUUACCAAGUUAUUCAUGCAUCCAAGUCUGAUUCACGGUUAGCAAACAACAAUCUACCUCCUGAUAUUCAGAAGCUUCGCUGCCGAGCUUGUUAUGAAGCUCUUCGUUUCUCUCCUCGUAUUGAAGAAAUGGGAAAAUUAUUGGUGGAGAGGAUGAGGUCAACCGGUCCUUACAUUGCAUUGCAUUUACGCUAUGAGAAGGAUAUGCUUGCAUUUAGUGGGUGCACACAUGAUUUAUCUCCAGAUGAAGCUGAAGAGCUACGGGUGAUCAGAGAGAACACUUCCUAUUGGAAAAUAAAGGAUAUUGAUCCCGUUGAACAGAGGUCAAAAGGGUUUUGCCCCUUAACUCCAAAGGAAGUUGGAAUUUUUCUUACUGCUCUUGGAUACCCAACAAAGACUCCAAUAUAUAUUGCUGCCGGAGAGAUAUAUGGGGGCGAGUCCCAUAUGGCUGAGUUCCGUUCCCGCUUUCCCUUGUUAAUGAAUAAGGAAAAGUUGGCAUCCAUUGACGAGCUUGAACCCUUUUCUAGUCAUGCAUCCCAAAUGGCUGCUCUUGACUAUAUUGUAUCUAUUGAAAGUGAUGUAUUUAUACCUUCUUAUUCUGGAAAUAUGGCUAGGGCCGUUGAAGGUCAUCGCCGUUUUCUUGGACGUGGAAGAACAAUAUCACCAGACAGGAAAGCCCUUGUUCGUCUGUUUGAUAAACUCGAUCAGGGAACAUUGACUGAGGGGAAAAAAUUAUCAAAUAGGAUUAUUGAUCUCCACAGAAGACGACUUGGCUCCCCUAGGAAGAGAAAAGGGCCAAUUUCCGGAACAAAGCGCAUGGAUAGGUUUCGGUCAGAAGAGCCCUUUUAUGUUAAUCCCUUACCUGAUUGUUUAUGCCGGACAGAACAAUCUCCUUUAAACAUCUCUCACAUUGUUAAGUAGAUCAGAUAUUAGCGAGAGAGAAAAAUCUGAUCACUAUAUCAUGUGGUGGCAGAGUGUAUAUAUCGGUAUCACAAUUACACGUAGUAACCUUUUAAUUUUGAAAACAAACAUAAAGAAAAGAAAAGAAAACCCACAUUUGGGAUUCAUUCAUUUUGUGAACAUGACUUGUUUGUAGAGGUAGAGGUAGAGGUAGAGGUUUCAAAUGUACUGUAUUUCUACUAGAGAAAUCCUGUCGUACCACAUUUUGUUCUUACUCCUUUAAAGUCAACAAAAUGUUAAAUCUCAA